CCCUUUUUUCUUUUAUUUUUUAUCGUUCAAUGAUAGAUCGUUCAAUAUCUACUGCUAAUUCUUGGUCUCCAGCUGUAAACAAAUUUCAAAUCCCGACACAAGAUCAUGAGCGUAUUAACAGUGAACAUAGAACAACAGCUAAAUUAAUGCCACUACAAGAUAAUGAGUCAUCAUCGACACCAAGAAAGAGAAAUAACUCACUUAUACCAGUGGAACUCAUGAUGAACACAACAGGUGAAGCAGGAAGAGAAUGUGCUGCUCUAGCAACUGUCUUUGGUGUACCCGAAUAUGUUGAUUCGAAAAUAUUUUGGGAGCGACAGUUAGAGAGAACAUCUGAAAAUAACAAGUAUGGUUAUGUCGCUGUCAAUAAUGUCUCUGUCAUGAGUCGACCGUUGUCCAAUUCACCGCUAUUGACCAAUACGGAAGACAUGGCACAAAGCCAUGCCAUCUCGUCCUACGUUGACUCUGUACUUGGACAAGUUGCCACGUUCAAUCCUUCACUGGGUCCUACUCCAACACCUACAAAAAGCUUCGCAUUACCAAAAAUUCCUAGCGUGAGCAAAUUUAACGAUGUAUUACCUGAAGACGAACAGGGCUCAGAAUUCAUGUUUCCUGCCAACCCUUCUUCUAUCAUUAUUCCAUCCAUGGUUCGAUCAGAAUCCUAUUCAUCAAUCAACAGUGCUUAUUCCUCGCUCCAGAAAGAAAAAAUAAAUCAACCCGCUGGCGAAGUUGAUUCUAAAGAGGAUCCCUUCAUGCUUGGCACUCCAGAGAUAUUUGACUUUAUUACUUCUGACGAAGAUGAAAGGUUCAUUAUAUGGGGACCCGAUCCAAUCAUACUCUCGUCCUCCAUGGCAACAGCAACCAGUUUAACGCCAGAGAGACCUUCUUCGUAUGCGACCCUUUACAACAAUCAACACAGUCGUCCUGAACUCAAGGGGUUCUCGUCCAACACGACAUCAACUUUAAUUCGGAGUAAGUCAGUUCAAAAUGAAAAGAAUGGCCGUUUUGGGUCUGUACGUCUCAGUGAUUUACGAAAGCCUCUCAAACAUUCUUUAUCGUCCAUCACUCACAAAGACGGGGAUAAUAACAACAGUGGUCAUAGUGGAGGCUCAUUCUUAUUGAGGAAAGCAUUUGGUAUUAAAAGAUCUAGCAAAACCUAUUCGAAUGACUCAGCGAGUAUAUCUACCGCUGACACAACAGCAGCCAGUAUCCCAACUUCCUUGGCAGACAUACCUAAAGUGAUUGAAGCUGCAACAAUACACAAACUUGUUGAAAAGUUAACGAAUACGCUUGAUUACACUUUUAUGACUGAUUUCUUUUUGACUUAUCGAGACUUUCUUCGCUCAGAAGAGCUUUGCCAGCUUUUAAUAUCAAGGUUCACUUGGGCCUUACAGAACGAUGAAGAAAACAGGCGUAUUGUAAGAAUAAGAACAUUCGUUGUCCUUCGACACUGGCUCAGUAAUUACUUUGUUCACGACUUUAUCGGCAACUACAACCUGAGGAAACUGCUGACUGAUUUCUUAAACAAACUCGCGCGCCAUCCGCUCGUCAAGGCUUCACCACGAGAUCAACGAAUUGUCAAGACACUCAAACGAGUCGUACGUCGAUUAAAAAAGUUGUACUACACACGCUCUUCUGCAGCAUCGCGUGUCAAGAUUAUCGCACCACCACCUCCGACAUUUGAACAGGAGCAGAUGGGAGAGCUUGUACGUGCUAAGCUUUCUCAAAAUGUCAUUCGUCGAAAAACAGCCAUUCGCGUGGAUAUGAGUGGAGAUCAUCAUGGGAACAUGGCUGUGCAGGACGCACGCUAUGCACCUGUUGUCGUCGUUGGCAGUGUUAACAUGAAGACAAGCAUGAUUGAGUCUGGUGUAGAGUGUGCGUCAAAAUCAUCUCAAUUGCGUCGAUAUCCUUCACAAGUAUCUGCACCGUCCGUGGUAACAGCUCAACAUCCAGAGGAGUCCCUGUCUUAUCACAGAUACGACAAAAGUGCAGUUGAAAUGCCUGAAGCCGAGACGAAAUCACGUAGAGCAAGCUCAAUUGCAAGCGUUGCUUCUGAAGACUCGUUAGAAAGUGACAUUAGCGCAGGAAAAACGAUACCUGACGAAACAGACGAUGAGGACUGUCAGUCUCACCUACAAGAUUCCUUUACAGAAUACGAUGAACAUGACCUCCAUUGGCUCCGUGAGCAACAAGAGACUAUUGAAUAUUUUAAAGCAUUGGCAAGACAACAGGAAGAAGAAAGGGAACAACAUCUAUCUGAUGAUAACGGUGCAGAGUCAUCUAAAGAUGACACCAAAACCAAGCCUUCGGAGCUUGUGAACCUCGUAAAAUCAGAUAUCACAAGCGAAAACUCGGCUCCACCCAGCCCUAUAACACCAAAUGAUAUUUCAACAGCGAAUGAGCAUUCUGUGCGCCGUGUACCUUCAGAAAAAUGGUGCAGAGAUUCGACCACGGAGGACAACCGCCGAUCCAAACAAGAAUCGGACGUAUCUAAAGCUUUACCUGAAGAGUUAUUGAAGGAAUUGGAACCCGAAGAAGACGCAGUGACGAGAAGCACAAGUCCGUUAGGCUUGUCAAGAAAACUGUCCAAGAAGAGCAUCGAGCGACGAAAGAGCGAGAAAAACUUUCAGGAUAUUGCUUCAGGUCGGUCUUCAGCGGUUUCUUCGACAGCUACCUCCCCGCAUCUCAUAGGGACUGGUUCAAAUCGUGACGUGCCUGAGAUGCCUCCAUUGUCGCCAGAGAUGUUUGGUGACGGUAUCUCGGUCACUGUAUCCAACUCUAAAAAGAAGACACUUAAAAAGAAGAAAAGUGGGCUAAAGAAGAAAUCGUCAUUUCAAUCUUCAAAGAACGGUGUAGAGGAGUCUGCAGAUACGUUUGCUGCUAUACCGUACGAACAAACAGAGGAUCUGUCUCAAGAACAAACAAAACAUCAGGAUAUAAGCAGUAGUCAGUCGAACAAAUCACUUUCAAAACGAAAACUGACAAAAGCCAUUUCAAAAGUGUUCAAACAGAGUCAGCCUGAGGAUACAACCAAAGAUGAACCUGUCAAUGCUCCACAAAGCCUCCCGGAUAAAAGCAACAUCCAACCAGCCUCAGAAGAAAGUUCCAAAGAAAAUGAAAAGCAAGAGGUGGGUGGCCGCUUUGUAAGCUUAAUUGCUGAGCAACUCCGUAGCAACAUCAGUCGUGAUGAUUUUGAUAUUGAUUGUCAAUGUCGCAAAUGUACUGGAGACAAGGAUUCUACAGAAAUUUGUAAACGUUUCAGUGUGAUGCUUAUCCCUGAUGAAGAGCGUAGACGUAGUUUUGAGCUUAGAAGACGACGUGGUGCAAGCGUUGACAUGGGCAAUCGUAUGCCUGCCCAUCCGCUUGAUGACCCCUUUAGCAACCAACGAAGCAGCAAGACCUUUAAUAAUGGCCCUGUCUAUCUCGGUCAGCUCGACACAAAAUCCAUUAUUGAGUCGUGCGCUGACAAUAAGGGAACCAGCACGACGGUUCCACGUAUCGUUGAUGAUUCCGAUGAUGACCAUAGUACAGUCAGUUUUACUCCUUCCGAAAAAUCGAUUCAGACAGAAGGACAGGCAGGCUCCAGUAGAGCAGGAAGAGCGUCCAUGGUGUCCAAUAGCAAUCCACGACGAUCCAAGAUUAUGGAACUUGAUAUCCCACCAAUAUCUCCUGGUGAUGAGGCAUAUAAUGAUGGUGGAAGAUCGGUUAUUGGAGGAAUCAAUAUUCCACAGCACAUCACCAGCAGAGGCUCAUCCGGUAAAAGCUUCAUCAUGUCUUACCGUACGAGCAAGCUUGCCAGCCAAUUCUGCUUUAUCGAACGUGAUGUUUUAAUUAAAGUAGGAUGGGAAGAACUAAUUCAUUGUAAAUGGACAAAGAUGGAUGCUGAUGGAAAGAUAAAUCCAAACUAUGCUGAGCCGCGAGAGGAUGUUUUGUUUGAUGAUGGCAUGAAUACCACCGCUAUUAGUUACACAAGACAGUCCGAAAAAAGGCGUGCUCAGGGCCAAGGUAUUGAACAUGUCAUCCAGAGAUUCAACACAGUCUGUCAGUGGGUGUCUUCUGAAAUUGUACGAACAAAGAAUAUAAAUGACCGAGUCAAGCUUAUAGAGAAAUUCAUUCGACUCGCUAUGAAAUGUAAACUAUAUUCCAACUAUGCUACUCUUGUCCAAAUUUUGCUGGGUCUUCAAAGCCCUGCCAUUGCUCGCCUCGAAAAGACAUGGUCAAAAGUAAGCGUCAAGUACCAUAGACAACUCAACAAGUUGACAGAAUUCACAUCUCCCAUGAAAAACUGGAAACAUAUCCGUGACAGUAUGACGGAAGUGGCUGAGGAAUACGGAAACUCACCAGCAGAAGUACAGGUAGAAAUGCCAGGAACGAGCGCUGAUAAGCAAAAAUUCAAAAAGACAAGAAUCAAAAUCCCCUUUGGUGGAUGUAUACCUUUCCUUGGCAUUUACCUUUCUGAUCUAGUUUUCAACUCUGAAAAGCCAAAGUAUUUGAAACCAAAUUUAGAGAACCGCAGGAUAUAUAAUGCAAACACGACAAGGAAUCUUCCAGCUUGUCUUGAUCAGCCUUUGGUUAACUUUAGAAAAUACAGAGUCAUUGCUACUGUCAUCAAGAGAGUGCUUAUCUUUCAAGGAUUAGCUACGCGUUAUUCGUUUGAUGAAGAUCCUAUUUUGAAGGAAAUGUGUAGGAGCCUUGAAAUACUCGACGCUGCAACAAUAAGAGAGUUAAGUUCUCAAAUUCAAUAACAUGCUAAUUUCACGCUGGAAGUGAUUAUAAAUAUUCUAUAUACAUAUAUACUAUACAUACUAUUUCUUAUUUAUAUUUUACUAUAAACCAUAAUAUAUGUAAUCCACACUUCUGAAUAGUCAUUUUUAAUUCAACUGCCUUGUACUAACAACAUGCUUGAUGUCGUGCUUUUAGUCUAUUAUCAAAGUUGAGCAUUUUUAUUGACUCUUUUUAACACAAGUAUAAUGUAUAUGUAACCUGUCGUCAAUACGUUUCGCAAAUCGUUCCGUCUAAGGAGCAAACCAUAAGGAGGGCAUAUCACAUAGCUGAGGCAUUUGUGAAACGCAAAAAUUCGUGCUGAAG